GUAGUGUAAAGUUCUUACUUAUAUCUGUCAGUAAACUCGCUAUGGAAGCGCUAAAAACAUACCGGUGUAGUGAGUUUACAUAAUUCACCCAAGUAACUUUAGUUAUUAGAGAGUUCCGCUCGGACGGUUUUUCACGGGACACAUUUCUGGCUUUGUUCUUGCACUAGUGAGCCACGGAUGAGGAAAUGCUGCUCUGUUAUUGAUUGCAGUAAAGCCUGAAUGUCAUUAAAACAGUUAGCUCCAUCUUUUGACACUUCUUCCACUCCCAUCCUUGCACGCUACACCGCUACAACAAAGAUGACGGGGAGAAGACGCUGUCGAAGGGCAGAGACCGAGAGAGGCCUGAACAGAAAACACAUCAUUGAAGGUUUGAAGGGCUCCCUCCAGAGGAUGCAGCUGGAGUAUGUCGAUGUGGUUUUUGCCAACCGGCCAGAUAACAACACUCCCAUGGAAGAGAUAGUGAGAGCCAUGACACAUGUGAUUAACCAGGGCAUGUCAAUGUAUUGGGGGACGUCACGGUGGUCCGCCAUGGAGAUCAUGGAGGCCUAUUCUGUGGCCAGGCAAUUCAAUCUCAUUCCACCAGUCUGUGAGCAGGCAGAGUAUCAUUUUUUCCAGAGAGACAAAGUGGAAACACAGCUGCCAGAGCUCUACCACAAGAUAGGUGUAGGUGUGGUCUCCUGGUCUCCUUUGGCCUGCGGCAUCAUCACUGGGAAAUAUGAGAACGGAGUCCCAGAAACCUCCAGGGCCUCCAUGAAGCCAUACCAGUGGUUAAAGGAGAAAAUAACGAGUGAGGAUGGAAGGAAACAGCACGCCAAGCUGAAGGAGUUGGCUCACAUAGCGGAGAAGCUUGGUUGUACGUUACCCCAACUCGCUAUCGCAUGGUGCCUGAGGAAUGAAGGUGUGAGCUCAGUACUGCUGGGAUCCUCCAAUCCAAGCCAGCUAACAGAGAAUCUCGGCGCCAUUCAGGUAAUUCCAAAGAUGACUGCAGGCAUCGCCUCAGAAGUGGAUCACAUACUGGGGAAUCGUCCGCACACCAAAAAAGACUACCACCAUUAGCACGGACCAACAGUGAGGGAAACUGUGCUCUGAAAGUGUAUCAAAGCUCCCACUCACAGCCAUCGCACUGCCGCCAGUGCCCCACUUUGCUCAUGUGACCUUGUGUGUGACUGUGUGAAAAGUCUUCUGCUCGGCUCCUCCUCAGCCACUUGUCAUUAUCAUUAAGUGAGAUGCUUGGCAAAGAAUGCAUGCUACACCCAUAGCGGCCAACAGACGCAACGGUGUGCCAACAGGAUCAUUUCUGGUGUGAGACGGUACUUUUUAUUUUGCAGCUGUGUGCAGAAUAUUUCAAAGUGGAGAAUUUUGCAUAAGGUGAGGAAACUCAAAAAACAUCAUUGCCAUGCAGUGGAUAACUUAAAAAUGCAUAAUUUUCUUUUGUUUUACAAACUAGAUUUUUUGCCACACUAGAUGUUCGUAAAGUGAGGGCAACAGAAUAUAACAGGGCGUGGUCUCAGCAGACUUGACCAUACAUUUCUUUCCGAGUGAUCAAUCUGUAUGAGCUGAAAUGAUCAAUGUUAUAAUAUAUUUUUGAAAAAGCCCGUGCUGUACUGAUUGUAAUGUGAUUCACUUGAUAAAGUACCCGGAAAUAG